UUUUAUAUACACAGCAUUGCCUCUUCCUCCUACUUCAGCUGCUUCUCUGAUUUUAUCUCUCUCUCUCUCUUCACUCUCAGAUACCUUUUUUUUUUUUGUGAGCUUCGAACAAAAAGCUCUCAGAUCCACAAGAGUCAGAGGCUCAUCUCUUCUUUGAUCUUGGUUUAUGAGCUCGAAGGAGAAACCCACUCUCGGAGGUACGCGGAUUAAGACCCGCAAACGGAAUAUUGCUGCUCCUCUGGACCCUGCAGCCUUCUCUGAUGCAGUGGUCCAGAUUUACCUGGAUAAUGCUGGUGAUCUGGAACUUGUUGCCAAAAGUAUUGAAUCAUCAGAUCUUAAUUUCACAAGAUAUGGUGACAUCUUCUUUGAGGCUGAAAGUUUUGCAGAGCAUUUCACGAAUGAGGGAUUGACCGAUCUAGUGGAGUACCAUUCAAAGAAAAUGUUUGAGGUGAAACUGAGGGAAAUCAAAACCGUUCUAACAAGCAAGGUCACAGAGGAGGAGAGUAAUGUAGACGAAGUCAUUGAAUCUGUGAAGCAACAGAUCAAAGAUGCUAAGCUGCCUGACAUUGAGGUUGUGCGUGUUGUUUGGGAUGGUUUAAUGGAUGCUGUUCAGUGGUCUGGAAAAAAUCAGCAGCAAAAUGCUAACUCUGUUCUGCGCCAGGUGAAAACAUGGGCUCCGCUUCUGAACAUCUUCUGCAGCAGCGGAAAGCUAGAGCUGGAACUGAUGUACAAAGUUCAAAUGCAAUGCUACGAGGAUGCAAAGCUUAUGAAAGUUUUCCCAGAAGUAGUGAGGUCGCUCUAUGAACUCGAUGUCCUCGCUGAAGACACCAUUCUCCACUGGUUCCGUAAAGGAACCAACUCAAAGGGCAGGCAAACCUUUGUGAAAAGCUUAGAGCCAUUUGUGAAUUGGCUUGAAGAGGCGGAGGAAGAAGAGUGAGUGAUCGAUCUAUGUUCCUAAUAAACAAGCAAUGAAGACAAUAAUAAUUCCGAGUUUCUUCUAUCUGUCACUUCUGCUUAUGAAUUAUGAUAUUUACUGCACUCUGCUUUGUAUUUUGGCAAUAAGUCCACUUUGGAGUUUAUUGUUACAUUUUCAAUUUUUUUUUUGGUUUUGAUGACUGUUUUCCUAUAUUGUUUUUGGAUUCUUUUGCAAACGGAUUUAGGCAAAAGCAAAAGCUGUUUUACUUAUGGUUUAUUCGGUUUUUCACUUUUCCUCGGGACUUUAUUGUA